UUAUAGUAUUUUCACCCGAUCCUCUUCAUAUAACAUGAAUAUAAUAAAGUCCACAGCUAAGAUAGCGUUGCAUAAAUGAUGUUGAGAACUCCAUUCAAUAUCCUCACUCCCAUCUACCCUCAUUCAUUGCUCUCUUCCCUCUUCUUCAAUAUAUUACCCACUUAUUCUUUCAUUUCCCCUACAUCUUGUUCACACUUUACACACAAAAUAUUUCUCCAAAAAAAAAAUACCCUUAAACAUUGUAUAAAAGGGUAUUAAAAAUUUUUAAAAACCCAAAAAAAUGGAGAUAAAUUCAUUAAUUAGUCUUAAAUAUGUUAAACUAGGUUAUACAUACCUAGUGAACCAUUUUCUAACCCUUAUUCUUAUACCUAUUAUAAUGGGUAUAGUCAUUGAGAUUCCUCGUGUCCAACCCGAAGAAAUCAUUUCCCUAGUAAAAUCCCUCCAAUUAGAUCCGAUCCAUAUAUUAUGUUCCAUUUUUCUUGUUACUUUUAUUAUUACAGUAUAUAUCAUGUCCAAACCCCGAUCAGUUUAUUUAGUUGAUUAUGCAAUGCAUAAACCCCCACAUACUCUUCGUGCUCCUUUCUCAACUUUUAUGGAGCAUAACAGGCUCAACUUAAAAGGCGAUCAAAAAGCUGUUGAAUUUCAAAUGCGGAUAUUGGAGAGAUCUGGAUUAGGUGAAGAGACAUGUUUACCCCCGGCUAUUCAUUAUCUUAACCCUAAGCCUACCAUGGAAGCUGCACGUGGCGAGGCCGAAAUGGUCAUUUUUUCUUCUAUUGAUGAAUUAUUGAAGAAAACUUGUAUCAAACCUAGAGACAUCGAUAUUUUGAUCGUUAAUUGCAGUUUAUUUUCUCCAACUCCUUCAUUAUCAGCCAUGAUUGUUAAUAAAUACAAGCUUAGGAGUAAUAUUAAGAGCUUUAACUUGUCUGGCAUGGGGUGUAGUUGCAGUCCUAUAUCAGUUGAUUUGGCAAGGGAUUUGUUGCAGGUUCACCCCAACUCAAAUGCAUUGAUAAUUAGUACGGAGAUUAUAACACCAAACUACUACCAAGGAAAAGAGAGGGCAAUGCUUUUACCUAAUUGUCUAUUUCGCAUGGGAUGUGCAGCAAUACUGUUGUCUAACAAGCGCAAGGAGAAAAAAAGGUCCAAAUACCAACUUCUUCAUGUUGUCCGCACCCACAAGGGUGCGGAUGACAAGGCCUUUAAAUGUGUCUACCAAGAGGAAGACCCAGAAGGAAAAAUGGGAAUAUCUCUUCAAAAAGACCUUAUGGCAAUAGCCGGUGAAGCCUUAAAAUCAAACAUCACCACCAUGGGUCCUUUAGUCCUACCAACAUCGGAGCAACUUCUUUUCCUCUUUUCUCUCAUCGGAAGGAAGCUAUUCAAUCCAAAAUGGAAACCAUACAUACCGGACUUUAAGCAAGCCUUCGAGCAUUUUUGUAUCCAUGCUGGUGGUCGUGCUGUCAUUGAUGAACUUCAAAAAAAUCUUCAACUCUCCGCGGAGCAUUGUGAGGCUUCUAGGAUGACGUUACAUAGGUUCGGAAAUACAUCUUCAUCAUCCCUCUGGUACGAGCUUAGCUAUAUUGAGGCUAAAGGGAGGAUGAAGAAGGGAGAUCGUGUUUGGCAAAUAGCUUUUGGUAGUGGGUUCAAAUGUAACAGUGCUGUUUGGAAGUGUAAUCGUACCAUCAAAACACCCUCAGAUGGACCUUGGUUUCAUUGUAUUCAUCGAUAUCCUGUCUAUAUACCCGAUGUUGUGAAGCUUUAGAAGGAUUCCAUAUAAUUUCUUAAUUUUUAUUUUCAAAUGGAUGUUAUUUGUCCAACUUCUUAUUAUCAUAUAUUGUUUAUUAACUAAAUUUGGAGUACAUUCAAAGAUUAUAAAUUUUAGCUAGUUAUUUUUUAUAAAAGUUACUAAAUAAAGCUAAUAAUUUUUUUUUACUAAUAUUUCUAUUUGAAGUAUAUCAUUUGUAAGAAUUAGAUACUGUUACUACUGUCAUGAUUU